CGUCGGGGUCAGUGUGCACGGUUACUGCAGCGGGAGGGAAAUCAGUCCCGGUAAGUGGCUCGAAGGUUUCGUGCUUCACACAUGUCAGCUGAUCUCUAUCAGACAUGGUUACACAUUAACCAGGAGGUCCACAGGUGUGCAGGACAGGUACAGCAGCUACAGCUUCACUCCGAGCUGCAGUCAGUUGGAGCGAAGGUGAAGAUGAGGCCGCAGCUCCUCCUGGUUCUGACGGCGGUCGUCUGUGCUGCCGCCAAGCCUCUGAGCAAGGCAGCAAUGACGAGAAACAAGCUGCUGCUGAUCUCCUUCGACGGCUUCAGGUGGGACUACGACCAGGACGUGGACACGCCGAACCUGGACCAGCUGGCUGCGGACGGGGUCAAGGCCAAAUACAUCACGCCCCCGAUGCUGACCAUGACCUCGCCGUCCCACUUCACCACCAUCACUGGCCGAUGGGUGGAGGAUCACGAAGUCGUCCAUAACUUGAUGUUUGACCAAGAGACGAACCUGAAAGUUCCUCACAAAGAGACACUGAAAAGAUCGGAGUGGUGGGACAAUGGAGCUCUGCCGCUGUGGAUCACCGCUCAGAACCAGGGUCUGAAAACAGCUUCCUUCUUCUACCCCGGAGGUGGAGCCAACUACAGUGGCCAAGCGGUCAAUCGAGCGCUACUGGAGGACUCCGGCCACCCCGACGACAAUGAGACCGAGUGGCGUCAGAAUAUUGACACGGUGAUGAGCUGGUUCUCUGAGGAGGACUUCCACCUGGUGACGCUCUACUAUGGCGAGCCAGACAACGUGGGCCACGCGAAAGGGCCGGACACCCCGGACCGGAAAGAGAUCAUCCGUCAGAUCGACCGCACCAUCGGCUACUUGAGGGACGCUAUCGAUCGCCACAACCUGACCGACUGGCUGAAUGUCAUCAUCACCUCUGACCACGGCAUGACCACAGUAAAGAAGAAGCCGCAGGUAGACGAGGUCAUCCUCAACAAAUACCUGAACUUAUUCGAGGGCGCCGGAUUUGAAAUCCUUGACUACGGUGGGUUUGGCAUCCUGACGCCACGGCCGGGGAAGGAGCAGGAAGUUUUUGACGCCCUCUCCAACGUGCCCAAUAUCACGGUGUACAAGAAAAACGAGAUUCCAGAAAGCUUCCAUCUCGCCAAAAGUGAGCGUCUGCCUCCCAUCGUGAUCAUCGCAGAUCUGGGAUUCAACCUGAACUCUAGAUUCAUCGUCUACGUGAAUAAAGGUGACCACGGCUUCCAUAACACUGAGAUGGACAUGAAGACCAUCUUCAGGGCCUUCGGACCGAGCUUCAAGAGGAGCUACCUGUCUGAGCCGUUCGACAGCAUCCACAUCUACCCUCUGAUGUGCAAACUGCUGCAGAUCGAACCAGCGCCACACAAUGGGUCACUGAGCGUGACCCAGGACAUGCUGCUCCCCACCCUGACCACCACGGCCAAGCCUUCGUUCACAACACCGCAAGGCUCUUUUACCACAGCUGGAUCGCAGGGAGCUCGGCUGUCCGUGGCUCUGCUGCUGGCCGUGCUGCUGGCCAUGUUCACCGUGCUGUAACUGGUCCAGGAUCAGUUUGAUGUACAGCUGGAUUCAGCGAUUUCCUCAUUUAUGUUGCUGCAGGUUCACUCUGAACGUUGUAACGUUUGCUUCUCCAAUAAAUAUGAACAGUGUGAACAUU